UUCGGAAUUUCAAGCACGUGUUUCCCACUCGCUAGAGUGUACAGCACCGAACAAGUGUUGCAUGAUUCUAAAAGAGCCAACUUCCGAUGUCUCCAAGACAAACUUGCACACAUUGAUCUAGCUGUGCAUCAAACAUUCUCUUUUGCUUCCAGCUCCGAAGAAUGAAAAAAAGCUAUGUCAUCUUGACGAGGACACCCCAGUGUGCCGACGAGAAUUAUCCAUUGCUGGCUACGUUAGGCGGCCAUGGGCGCAAAGGGUACAAUGACCAGGAGACUUCCACGGACUCUACAAUGUUAGCUCAUUCUUACAAAAUUUACACACCAUGCGUCUGACAGGGAUCAGAGUUUUGAGGUUUCGAAAAGAGCAACUCCUCAACCAGUGCUCAUCCUACGCUGUGGCUCGUUGGUGUUUCCAAUCCAUAUUUUAACAACACGUUGCGUCCAAAAGUUGAACUUUCUGGGAAUCAUGCCCUUUCUCUUGCCAGGCCGCAGUCGAGGUUCUUCACGUAACCAGGGUUUAGGGUUUUAGGGUUGUCAAUGACGGGAAGGAAGAAGCUGCAGAGUGGGAUCAGUUGAUCCGGGGUUCAUGGGAAAAGUGAUCUGCUCGGACGUCAAGACGAAAGUGAAUCGCACUGUGGAGUCAACGCAAUGGCUCCCAGACAUCGACAGCACUGAAGACAGAUAGAGCAGAUUUCCAGCGACAGUAUUAAUCUCUUCAGGGGUUUAAGCUUGAUGGAAUGCCGUGUGACUUCGUGGUGCAGUUGAAUCACCCAGCGCAAAUGAUUGCACCUGUCCAGGGAUUUCUCGCGAACAGAGAAUGAAUUUGGCCUGAGGCUGAAGCUAUCGCGAACUUUGGCUGAUCUCGAAGGAAUAGCAGCGAUGGAGAAGAGAAAGAAGGAUGGCAAACGUAAAGAGCCAGCUUCUGAGAGCGCUCAGCCUGACGGGAAGAAAGCUUAUUUGACCCGUCCAUCUAAAAAGAAAGUGGUUGUUCCUUCAGACAAAGCGCGUAAGAAAGACGAUGAGAAAAAUGAGGACGCAGUGCAAUGGAAAUCAGCCUCGGAGCAGGCCGAUUGGCUGACCAACGCAUUCUUCACUGUUUGUGGAAACAAGCUCUCGAGUCUUGAACGCGAGCCAAUUCCAGAAAGAGGCGUGGUGCAAAUUUCUGAUGAGCGAGAUCAUAGUGUGGAGAAUUUGGGCUUUCACGCGAAGAGAAUGAUUCCUCAAUGGAAGGAUUUGUUAAUUAGACCGCGGGACACUGAAAAGGUACCAGGAAGGGAGCCUGGUAGUCCAACAUUACUCGUUCUCUGUAGCUCGGCAAUACGCGCCGUGGAGCUUCUCAGGGGUUUAACAGUUUUCACCAAAUCUUGUAAGCCAGUUAAGCUGUUUGCGAAGCACAUCAAAGUAGAUGAACAGGUCGCUCUCUUAAAAGAACAAGUUUACAUUGGUGCUGGCACGCCCAGCAGGGUGAGAAAACUUGCCGAUUUGGGUGCACUGGAUUUUGGACAAACAACCAUCAUUCUCCUGGAUAUGCACCGGGACGCGAAAGGACUUUCUGUACUGAGUGUGCCAGAAGUCAAGGAUGAAUUUUGGGAGCUCUACAGGACUCAUUUGCAUCAACGGGUGUUGAAGAAUCAAUUGAGACUUUGUCUCUAUUGAUGAUUCUUUAAUGAAGCCAGUAUAAAUGGUAUUAGACCUCCAUGGUUUACUGCACCCCUCAAUUUUGUUACGUAGAAGCUAGAGUAGAUCCAGCAAUUUGAGAUUCUCCUCCUUCGCGAUAUCCCUUGGAAAAUAAGAAACCGAUGGAACUCACGGUGUAGGCUGUGUUUUUUUCUUGGGCAAGUGGAUUGUCCUCAUAUUUGCAUCUGCGAAGCUUGUAGCCAGCAGCAGUACGAAAAGUUUUGCCAAGCUACGGUAGUUUUAAUUUUGAUGCAUAUGCAUCAUUGUAGGAUUCAAAAGGAAAUCUUCCGACUUUGGAGCAUCUUCUGGUUGAGGUUUAUCGAUCAUUGUAAAUGAAACUUGAUGAGAAGGAUGCUCAAGUGUUAAGUAUACGAACAUAGUUAGACAUACACUAAUCCAAGCUCUUUGGAUCAACUUUGCACUAUCUGCGUGCCCAAAUUGGAU